AUGAAGAAAGGUUUGGAAAGAGAACAACGAAUGCAACACUUUUUAAGAAGAUCAUGGGCAACUUUUGAUAAGAUUGAGUUGCUAUUGAACACACUGAAAGAGCCAAUGGCAGUGCAGGUGGAACGAGUAGAAGUCUCGGGUAAAGAUGUUCUACAAAAAACAAUGGUUAAGGUUAUACGAAAGGAACAAGAGCAGACUAACCAAGUGGAACCUCUUGGGGAGGUUGAUCAUGUUAGAGAUACAGUAGAUGAAGUUGUGAGGUUAUGGCAUGGAUUGUGUCAAAUGACAUCAAAGACAACGAU